AUGUGUUCUACCUUGGCCCAGCAUAGACAGGAAGGUACUGGCAAUCCCACAAAAGAAGGAGGAAAUGGAGGCAAAGAGAGAAAAUAUGACCAGUACUUGGGGCAACAGAAGAUGAUGGAGCACAAGGAAGUCAGAGGCAGGCGUGCUGGGAGAGUCCUUGUGCUCAGGAUGAGAAGCACCCUUAUCAAGAAUGAAGACCAAAAGAAUAUAAACUGCAUCAGCAGUGGUCCUGCAGAGCCAGUGGUCUCUGUUGCUGCUGUUGAUGGUGCAGCUGAAUUAUGUGGGUUUUCACAUCAUGAGUCAGAUGGUUUAAUUGAAGCUCUGGAGUUGCUAUACCUGCCUUUCAGGAACUGCUCUCGUUUUCAAGAACUUGAGAGGAAGACUUUGAAAUCAGAGGAAUUCCAAAAGAGGCUGCAUCCUUAUAAGGAUUUUAUAGAAAUCUUGCCAAAAUUUACAGGAUACCAUGACCAGGACCUUUUUGGAAUUUGGAGUAAAGUCUACGACCCUUUAUUUUGUGAGGGUGUUCACAAUUUCACUUUACCCUCCUGGGCCACAGAGGACACCAUGACUAAGUGAGAAAUAUCAGAAUUGUCCCUCCUGUCCCUCUAUGGAAUUCACAGGCAGAAAGAGAAAUCUAGACUGCAGGGGGGUGUCCUGGUCAAAGAAAUCCUCUAUCACAUGAAGAGUGCAACUCAGCCAUUGAACCACAGAAAACUCAUUAUAUAUUCUGCACAUGACACUACUGUGAGUGCCCUACAGAUGGCGCUAGAUGUUUACAACGGAAUCCUUCCUCCCCAUGCGUCUUGCCACUUGACGGAAUUGUACUUUGAGAAGGGGGAGUACUUCAUAGAGAUGUACUAUCGGAAUGAGACGCAGCAUGAACCACAUCCCCUCACGCUGCCUGGCUGCACCCCCAGCUGCCCUCUGACAAAGUUUGCUGAGCUGGUUGCCCCUGUGAUCCCCCAAGACUGGUCCACAGAGUGUGCCAUGAGCAACCAUGAAGGUACUGAGGACGCUAUGGAUUAG